AUGAAGACUGCUUUUGUCACCUUGUUGGCUGCUGUCCUGUGCGUGGAGCAAGCUUACCCUCUUCUGUGCUACGUGUGCCAAGAGGAAGAGUCCAACAAGAACUGUUUGACCAUUUCCAUGUGUGCCAAGGAAGACAAACACUGCGUGACAAUCCGGAGCAACGUUGGGACGAAGCCCGACAAGCCCAAAUAUGUCCUCUCUAAGAUGUGUUCUCCAACGUGUCCAGCAACGAGCCAGCAACAAAACCAAACCCACCAGAGGGUGUUUUGCUGUGAGAAACCUUUAUGCAACGUGAAUGGAGUCAGCAGCAAGCAAAGCAGCUACGGGGUGAUGUCCCUGGGGGUCCUGGCCAGCAUCACUUACCCCUUUGCACGUGGACAGUGA